AGUUCGAGCUGAGAUCGCUCCGUUUCAAGACGUUGCUUGAUAAUACGAAUAGCAAUAGAAAUAUAUACAAAUAUUUGAGUGUGUGUGUGUGUGUGUGUGUAUCUGUGUGUGUGUGUCUGUAGAGACGCGUGAGGCAUCUAGUAUAUAAAACAAAGCUGAGUUCUUUUCGAUUUUUGUUUUUGUUUAUAUUUUCUUCUUUGAAUUAAAUAAUGACAUCAAAACUGCUGCUGCUGCUGCUGCUGCUGCUCGUCUCCGGCGCUUGGAGCUAUCCGUCAGCUGCGAAUCAGCAGCCGGAAUCUGUUGCAAUUGUGGCACAACGACCCAUUUUGCUUAUCCAGAACGAAAUGAGCCCCGAAGAUUCGAAGAACUAUGAGAUAACCAUACCAAAAGAUGUGAAGCCGGGCGAGCCAUGUCUGACCAUCAGUUGGAAGACCAAUCCGGAUGGCACUGGACCGGGUGAUCCCAAAAUUUAUAUGGUCAACGGUUACUUUAGGAUUGUGCCGGCUUCUGCCCAAAUGCCAAACCAGCAAUAAAAAGUUUUCUUUUUACUGAUUCAUCUGCAUUUUAAGCUUAAAACUGAACAUCUGUUUCCCAUUUAGAUUAAUAUUAAUCACUUUUAUUUCUUCGAAUUCUUAGCGAGCAUUGAUGAGUAAGCCAAGGAAUAUUUCCCUUGCAAAACAUAAAUGAAAAGUUCUGUUGCAUUUCACAAAUUAAGUUUAUAUUUGCGCCAUUCAUAUUUUAUUAAAAUAUUCCAAGCUGUGAUUCUGUUCUCCAAAAAUUGUUAGCUCCUCCUUAUGUAUUCUUGCAAUUAAAAAAUAUUAUUUAAAAUUAUAAAA